UGUGUAUAUAAUACAUGAGAGUGGAGUUUGCUUUCUUCUAAUAAAGUGAAGUUGCGAUUCGUACUUCGCUUUACAGCUUCUCCCAGGAAUCCUUCGCCGGAAUUUGAUUCGAGAAUAAAAAAUCCGAGGAGCUUAAAAAAAUCGAGGUCGGUCAUGUAUAUUGAACUUCUCCUUUCUUGGAUCUCUCUCACUUCCAUUCUCGUCGUUUUACGUGCCGUUUAUUUUGGUUUUGGAUUUCGUUUUUCCGAUCCGAUUUUCAUGGGAAGUAAUGAUUGGUCAUGAAAAUUAGAAAUCUAUUAGCUACUCUUUUGCAAUGCAAAGCCUCAGAUUCUGAUUUGCUCCCUGGGAAAAUAGUUGUAGAAGAAGUUUCUGAGGAGAGAAAAAAUACAGACGAAAAAGUAAAGCAAAGACUUAGAUCUGUUGAUUUUCGGGGAUUUGGAUUCCAUCGUUUAGCUUUUUAAGCUUUUCUCUAAAGUGAUCAAGUUUACCUUUCUUUUUCCCGAGAAAAUGGGAGUGAAAGUAGCUACGACCUGUUUCCAGUGGUCGCAGCCAAUUAUUCCUCAUUCUCCUUCUUCUUCUCAAACCCUAGCCUCUGCAAUCUCAUCUCCUUCUUCAAAAAGACGGUGCCGUUCUGAUGUAACUGGAGCUGCAACGCUCAUGUGCCGUUACGUACACAGACUAGACAGGUUCGCUCUGCUUGGCACUUCAUCAACAAAACUCCACAGAUCACGGUCUUGUGAGCAUCCGGAAUCGAGGGCUCGCACUAUAACAAGAGCUUGCAGUGCAGGCUUAGAUGCCUUCUCCGACGAAGAGUUUUCCAAGAAAAUCCAAGAGCUGGCACUCAGAUUCCAGCUCUCAGAUGACGAUGGUGAUGGCGAUUAUAACAGUAGUGAAGUAGAUUUGGGAUCAGAGAGAGUCUCUGAUUCUAGAGAUAUUCACGGCAUGAGUAGCGCGGAGAGUUACAACAGUAUCACCCAAGAAUCUUCAAGUUUGCAGAAUCAGAGACAGUUUCCUCUGGAUUCUGUGGAACCUCCUUGGCCAGAAAUUGGACAAGUGGAACCGGAUUGGUCUGGAAGUGAUGAUACUCUUCCAGCCAAUAUCGAACGGAAGGCGAACAGCGUUGACCUCCCUCUUUCACUUAGAAUGAUAAAGAGAAAGAUGCAAUGGCAAGAGGGAUUCAGGGAAGCAGGGGAAUCUGCUUAUUGCUCAGUGAAAAAGGCGUUUUCUUCUAUGGUAUUUAUAAUUCGAGAGCUACAUAGCUAUUCCUUGCAAAUGAGAGAGCUUCUGUUCACUGAAGAUUUGCAAGGGAUUAUCGUUCGAGUUCAGAAAGAAAUGCAUGCUUCCUUCGUUUGGUUAUUUCAGCAAGUGUUUUCCCACACACCAACCCUGAUGGUUUAUGUGAUGAUUCUGCUAGCUAACUUCACCGUAUAUUCUAUGGGCAGCAACGCCGCCAUUGCAGCCUCGCCACCACCUGCGUCUUAUGCAGCCACCACAGGAAGUGUUUCAGUUGUGGAAAUUCAAGACCAAAAGAAUCAGAAAUUUGAUUCUUCCUCGUUAAAGACGUUUUCAAUAUCUUCGACAAGUGGCAAAUCAACUUCGAUUGGAGGUAACAGUGGCGGUGGUGGUAAGGUCCGUCCGGUUGCCAGUGGAACUGACGGGGACGGACUGUCCGAUGAGUCGGACGAAUUAAAAACAUUUGUCCCUGAUGGUGCUUCGCAAUUGACCUCUCUCGGGACUACAGGGGAAGCAGAGUCGGUAUCACGGCAAGGAACAAUAGAAGAGGAAGAUGUAUGGAAGUCGACUGUAGACGAAGCUUCAAAAAUGCAAGUCCUUGAUCAUGAGACCAUGCAGAGAUUCGUUUCACCUAUCAAAACAAAUGUUGAGCCGGAUGAUUAUUCAGAUUAUUUUAGAACAGAUCUUCUGUAUCAAACGGGAUUGGCCCAAGACCCUAAUAGUCCUCUCCUGCUUGCCAAUUAUGCUCAAUUCCUCUACCUCGUCGCCCAUGAUUACGACAGAGCUGAAGAUUACUUCAAGAGGGCAGUAGGAGUUGAGCCAGCUGACGCGGAGGCGUACAGCAAGUAUGCAUGUUUUUUAUGGAGAGUGAGAAAUGACUUAUGGGCAGCUGAGGAAACCUUCUUGGAAGCCAUUAACGCUGACCCUACCAACUCAUACCAUGCUGCUAAUUAUGCCCAUUUUCUAUGGAACACUGGCGCCGAGGACACUUGUUUCCCACUUGGCUCCCAAGAUAACGCCCAAGAACUCUAAUUCUCUGGGGAAAAAUAAAAAACUAGAGAAAAGAAAACUUGAAGGAAGAGAUAAAGAUGAAUCCUAUCACCGCCUUAUCCAUCUCUUUGGUGCCCGCCUCUUGACCGAGAAAACUAGUUGGUGAAAUGAGAAAAAAACAAAUGGAAAUGAACGAAAGUAUGAAUCUGUUGUUCUUUAUUUUUUUAAAAAGGAAAGAAAAUUUUAAUUAUUGCUGGAAGGGGUGAAGGGAUAUCCGGAAGUGUGGAAUGUGCAUCUCAUCUCACGAGGAGUCGGUGUUUGGAAGGUGGGUGCACGUGACCGAGAAUAGGAUAAAAUUUAGGUAGAAGCAAAUGAAGAAGCGGCGAGGCUUGGCUCGUCUUCUGCUCUCGCAGAUCCCAAUUGCCGGAUUUUACAGAGUUUCAAUAAUAUAUUUUUUUUUCCUCUUUUGUUUUUCGACACAAUCACAUGGCAAAGUGUAAUUUUAUAGCCAAAUUGUUAAUACAUUUUCCCUUUUUAAUUACGCUGUAAUAAUGUCAUAUGAGAAUCAACAUAAACAUUGUCAUACAAUGUAAUGAUUUCCAAGGGUAUGAUUGCAAGAAAUUUUCAUUCA